AUGGCUGGCGCCGGGGAGCUGGAGCAGUGGCUCAAUAAAGCCACUGACCCAAGUAUCCCAGAGGAAAACUGGGAAUGCAUCCAGCGGUUCUGUGACCAGGUGAACACCGACAUAGAAGGCCCAUCACUUGCACCGAGGCUGCUGGCACAUAAAAUACAGUCACCUCAGGAGAUGGAAGCUCUCCAUGCUCUCACAGUGCUAGAGACCUGUGUGAAUAACUGCGGUGAAAGAUUUCACAAUGAAAUAGCAAAAUUCAGGUUUCUGAAUGAGCUGAUUAAAGUGCUUUCCCCAAAGUACUAUGGAACCUGGUCUUCAGAAAAAGUCAAGUCAAGAGUCACAGAAGUAAUAUUCAGUUGGACAGUCUGGUUUCCUCAGGAAGUUAAAAUCCGGGAUGCUUAUCAGAUGCUGAAGAAACAAGGGAUUGUAAAAGAAGACCCCAAAUUGCCAGAAGACAAAAUUUUACCUCCCCCUUCUCCAAGACCUCAAAAUUCUAUUUUUGACACAGAUGAAGAGAAAUCCAAGCUCUUAGCAAGGCUUUUAAAGAGCAACCGCCCUGAAGACCUGCAGGCUGCCAACCGUCUGAUCAAGAGCAUGAUUAAAGAGGAACAAGAAAAAUCAGCUAAAGUGUCCAGAAGAGUGAAUGCCAUCAGUGAGGUUUCUGAGAAUGUUAAACGUAUGGACGAAUUACUGGAAAACUACAAGAGACAAGAAUUAUCCAAAUGUGACCAGGAGACCCUACAGACUCUGUUUCAACGCUGUGAGAAGCUCAGGCCACUGCUCUUUCGCCUUGCCAGUGAGACAGUUGACGACGAUGAGGCUCUAGCUGAGAUACUGCAGGCCAAUGACAGGCUCACACAGGCGCUCAGACAGUACAGGCAGGUUGUAGCCAGCCAUGAAAACGGUGGUGGAGGAGGUUCAGUCACCAGCUCUGCGGAUGCACCAGAAUGCCGGCCAACUCCAAGACGCAUGAAGAGCUAUACGUUGAUUGACUUCUCUGAACUGGAGGCGACAUGCCAGUCUCCUACAGACCAACUUGCAAAUGUAACCACCACCUCCCGCCAUGGCAGCACAACCUCUACCUGUCUGCUCGACGAGGAGUUAAAGUCAUUAGGUCUCAGCAGCUCUCCUGCGGUACAGAAACCACCACCCAAUUUUGGCUUAGCAGAGACUGCUGUGCACAAUGGAUAUGGUGAAAUUGUAAGUGCUGUUCAAACACUGGGACUGCAGGAGGAAGACAGCUGCUCAGAGAAGAAUGAAUUUCAGGGCCUGGUUGAUCAGCGCUCUCCACCAUCCAGGACCAAGACAUUAUCCUUGGAGUUGUCACCAAUGAAAUUGCCCUUUCCAGAUCUUCCAAAUAGCUCAAUGGCAGAUACUUCAUUCUCCAGCCUAGGCUACGAGCUGAAGCCUGCUGCCUCUUUGCAUCCAGCUUCCCAUGAUGCUUCUCUAGAAAACCUUUUUGUCCCUUUAAUUUCAAUUACACCGAGCAGUAUCUGUCCUCUUACUGUGUACGACAGGAAUGGCUUCAAGGCUAUGCUCCACUUCUCCAGAGGCCCGGUUCCUGGCCGACCAGAUGUGCUGGUGAUGGUUCUUUCCAUGCUGAGCACAUCAGCUCAACCAAUUAAGGACAUAGCGUUCCAGGCUGUAGUCCCAAAGACCAUGAAAAUAAAGUUACAGCCAGCAUCCAGUUCUGAGCUGCCUGCCUUCAGCCCUUUUCUCCCCCCCGCAGUGGUAUCCCAGGUCCUGCUGCUUGCCAAUCCGCACAAGGAUCCCAUCCGACUGCGAUACAAACUAGCGUUCACGCAAGGUCUGCAGCCCUUCAGUGAGGUGGGAGAGGUGACUGGCUUCCCAGAAGCAGAGCUCUGGGGCAGCAGCUGA